AUGCCUUAUCAGGGAGAGGCUAUUAGGGAUGGGGCAACUAUGCCACCGCCAAGAGGAGCUGACACUGAUAAGGAGCUUGACACUAGUAUCCUACCAACACCCGAGGCUUAUAGAGCUCAGAUGAGAGAGAUGGAGAUUGAGCGUCAACAGGCCAUGGAGGUGUCUGAGGCGGUG